AGGUGAAAAUUAGAGUAAGUAGAACAAACAGAGCAUGCAGGCAGGAGAUCUGCCUUCUGGUCCAGGCAUGGCCCCACUACUUAGCUAUGGACUUUUCACAAACCCCUUAAACUUCUGAUACCCAGUUGCUUUAUCUGUCAUAAAAGAGUUGCAUUUAAAUGAUGUCUAGAGUCCUUUUCAAUUUCAAACCUCAUUCCAGUCUCCAAACUGAAUAUAUAAGGUUGUAUUAAGUAAAGGUGGGAUUUGCUGGCAAAACUUACAGUGGUGAAAAGGAUGAUCUAAGUGAGCUUAAAUUCUGUUGAUAAUUUUGUUAUUAUUGGGAAUUGAAUGAAGUGAUUCAACUGUCUAGCUAUUAUAAAAUCAAAUGAAACCCAGUAUUAUUAGCUAACCUUUUAGGCUUGCUUCCUAAUCUUGCUCACCAUUGUAUACCCAACACCCAGUACACCCCAUGUCAGCAUGUUGUAUUUUAAAAUACUUUCAUAAAAUAUUGAUGGGUUUCUUGGCCUAUUUACCUCAUUAGGGCAGACUAACCAUGUCUCAAAACAGUUCACAAAUUCAGGUGGUAUAGGAACAAGUGAUAGAAUGCUAAUUGGAAAGAAAUUUUAGAGGUAAAAUUUGACAAUAGAUAAUGUGCUAGUAUCCUUUAUUAUCCUUCAGCCCAGUGGGUGAUGUUUCUGGGCUACAGAUUGUAGAUGAAGUUUUAACUAUAUUUAAUUAAGGGGGAAAGGAAGACAUAAAUUGUAUUUAAUGUAGUAGAUUGUAGAAAUGAAGAGAGAGAACAAAAUGAUACUGAAGUUUUGUAUAUUUAAAUCAAUCUUAGAUUUCCAUAACAUUUUAUUGUAUUUUGGGUCAUGGAUUACUGAGGAGGACUAUGGCUUCUCUUUUCAGAAAAUAAAUGCACACUGCCAAUUUCACAGGCCUUUUGAGGGGUUUCAUGGAACCCUCAUCAUCUGGCGGUCCCUAGUCCAAAUUCUUGAUAGAAAAGAACCCUAGAAUGCUGAACCUUAAAUGCCCUUAGAAAUAAUCUAGACCAGUGUUUCUUAACCUGUUUGUGAGAUUAAUGGAAUGGAUCAAGGUCAACAUUAAAAAGAAGAAGAAAGGAAUAAAAUGGAAAAUAUCAGUAUAUCAUAUAACAUGCCAAGUAAGUUUUGUGAAUCGUCUCUUUGAAUUUGUAUGCUUGUGUGUGUGUGUUAGUACUAAGUCAGAAUAUGAAAUGUAUUUCUUUCUGUGGAUUUAGCAUUAAGUGCUAGAAACUCAUCUAUUGCUAGAUCAUCCUCUUCUUUUUUUUGCUGAGAAAACCAAGGACUUUAAAGGCUAAAUGAUCUGUUCAGAUCCUCCCUCACUGUUUUAUUGUAAAUGGCCCAGUCAGAACAGAACUAGAUUGAUUGCUAAUUUUACCAUGACACAAUUUUAAAUAGACUCGUGAAGUAGAUUAUUUAAAAAUAUUAAGUUGUUCAUCUGCUUCACACUUGGAAUUUUUUAAUUCUUUAUUCUUCCCACUAAAAUUAUAUGUGACAUUAUCCUUUGAAAUAAUCUAACCUGGAGCUUUCUUUCCAGAGAAUGGACAGAUAUCUUAGGCCCUCUCAGUUGGCUAUCUGCACACCUGAAUCUUAGAAUUUUGAUAUUUAGGGCCUGAUUAGAAGAAUUGCAGAACAAGAUAUGAGGGGUCAUUGAGUUUUUAAUGUCCAAACCAAAUUAAAUUACUUUAAUUCAACUUGAUAGUUGAAUGUAGAACGUGGUACUAGGUGUUGAUACUGGAUCCUUGGGAAGACACUAUAUAAUGGCCCUAAGUUAUCUGUGUGAGAUUGUCUCAAACUUUAAUGCCAUACUACUGGAAGAGUCUUGUUAAAGGCAGUUUCUGAUACAGGGUCUUGCUGAGACUCUGGAUUUCUAACAGGCUCCCUGGAGAUGCUGCUGCUGCUGGUGGUCUUUGGAUUAUACUGUUAGUAGCAAAAACCUGCAUUACCUGCCUUAUUACCAUAGUAAGAAAAGGUAGCUCUCAGAUUGUUUUUCUGUCUUAAUGUUAAACAUCCACGUUCAUCAGUCCCCACAUACAUUCGAGUAAUAAUGCCUCUGUUUGCAGCACUGUUUUAGGUGAUUCAUAUUUAGCACUACUUUGUUUAACUAGAUUUUUUCAGGAUUUUUCUAUAAAAGUUGUCUAAAUAACUGAAAUCUUUAAUUUCAGGAAGAGCAUUUUCUAAAAUAUUGCAUAAUUUCUUUCUCAAACUAUUAUAUGCACUUUUUCCUUUAACUUAGUGGUGUAAGAACCAUGUUUUUUUUUUGGAGAUUUUCUUGGCGAUGGAUAUUGAGCUUAUAUGCAAAACGAAUAAAAAUCACAAACCUUCCAAAUUCUUAUAUCUGUGUUUUAUGGUUAUUUUCCUAUUUUGUUUGUCCACCUGCCAAUUAAUAGUACGUCUGCCUCAAAGGAGUUGUUUUCCCUUUCUGUUCUAAUUGAUUACUUUUGACUUGAAAAGCCAGAUACUAGAUUUGUUAGAGAGAUGUAUGGGAUUAAUCCCAGUCAGAAGGGCCUGCCUGGUGUGGGGGGGUUCAGUGGUCAGGAAGUUCAGUAAGUUGAGCAGGAGAGAAAUCCUUUCGUUUUAACUGUAUUCUGAAUAGUUAGCUGAAAUAGGUGCUUUGUUUCUUCUUCAUGCCUUUCUCCAUGCACUUUUUAAACUGGUUUCUAGAUGUCUCUCUAGCAUUGUGUGUUAAAGGUAGUUUAAAAGAGUGUGUUUGUGUGUGUUAGCCCUGCUAUUGGGAAUAUGAUAAUUGUAAUAAAUAAGCAGCACUUCAGGGUCCAUCUAAAGUGGAGAUGGGUCACCUUGUGCUAAAGACCAUGUUGUUUCUCUUAUGUAGCAUGUUUUGCAGUGGCGUUGCAAAUGGUUUUAAGAAUAAUAAUGAUAGUUAAAGAGGAUAUUCUUUGGUCCAAUUUAGUGAUUUACGGUUCAAGGGAUUUAAAGACUGAUUUCUUGUUUACUAUCUUUAGUAGAUUAUUAAUUAUAAUAACAAUCGUAGCUCCCAUUUGCCGUGUCAGGCAGUCAUUAUUCAGAUGAAUAUUGUGCAACAAGGAGGGCUGUGGCCAUGAAGGGUCCAUUUGACUGGGGGCUAGUAAAUGGCUGCUGUGCUUUGAACAAAUGAGGGUAAUCCAGAUAGAUAGGGGUGAGAUUAAAUCUCUUCAUUAGUCCCUCUUACAAAUAAAUAGCAUGUAUAGGACCUACAGCAGGUGCUUUUGGUUUUUUUACUUGCCGAAACUAGAAAUUGUUAGAGGAUUCACAUCUAUUAAAAACCUAUAGUAGCUUAUAUUCUAAUUUAAAGCAGAGGUUCCCUGUUUGUGUUUUAAGUAGGCAGCAUCAGACACUUAUCAUUUUGAAUAGCCUUAUUAUUGGUUCUGUGUUAGAAGUUGUGGAUUAUAUUUAAAAUAAUAAGACUAAAUGUAACAGUCACAGUUAAGUUGGAUUUUGAGAUCCCGAACAGGGCUUCAUCUGACGUAUUUUUAGUGAAUUACAGCCUUUACACACUGAUUACCAAACAAACUCGUCUUAUUUGAAUCUUAUUUGUACAUCUAGAGUUUGUCUUAUUCUUUAGUGAAUUUAAGCAAGCUGGUAUAAUUUUAGUCUAAUUAACAGUGUUGUGUGACCUGAGACUCCUGUCAAAGACCCUUAUAGGAGCUAGGAAACACUGGGAGGUAAACUGAACACAUGGCCUCAGUGCUUUUCCUUUGCACUGGAAUAUAACUUGCAUUUAAAGAGAUGAAAAAAGAAAAGGAAAAGUAACAUCCCUUGCCUUAAAGCUAUAAUAACUGUGUUCAGUAUGGUUUUGCUAUUAAUAAUCUCUUUUCGUUUCUAGACUAGAAGAUUUUAUUUGAAGUAUUUAUUUAAAGCCAAAUGCUACCAAGAAAAAAGAUUUUAAUAGAAAUAUAGAAUAGAUAUCUGUCUCUACCUUUUGUUAAUUGAUCCUGUUUGUUUAACUGGGGAAAUACAAGUUUAUAUCUACUGGAGAGAAAUCUGUGGACAUAAACCCCUCCCUUCCUGUUUUCAAAUAUAUGUCGCAUGUUGUUUAUCUUAUUUAAAUAUACAGUAGACGAGAAUGCAACUGCUGUUCCUUUAAUAUCAGAACUACGCACGUUACAAUAGGUGUCACUGUUUUGCUUGGUCCAAUCCUGAUUGGUGGCUUCAGCUAUUGGCUGGGAGCACUGGCUGUCUGACUCCAUCUGCAGGGCUGUAAUACCUACUCUCCUCCGAUCCAUUCACCACACAACUUCAGCCGGCUGAGCAGACUCACGCAGCUCCAGCACAUCUUUCUUGCUAACCUAAUUCAGAAAACAAGUGCUACAGCUCUGUGCCUGUCAUCUUCGCUCAGUGUAACAUUUUCAGGUGAUCUAGGAAAUGGUUAUUUUUCUGAGCAAGUAAGAGAAACAGGAAUCAUGAUGGGGAUGUAUUUAACAGACCCAGUACUGGAUAAAACUUAAAGCCAGUUUCUAUUCAACAUAGUGAAAAGGUCACCUUGCCUGGCUGAGAAAGAAGCAAAAUAUCAGCUUGUUGAUUUCUGUUAACCUCUUAGCUCGGGCUAGCCUCAUUUCCUUGAUGUUCAAACCAAUUUGGGAUAUCUAGCUAUAAAGAGAGACACACUGUACUCAUGGUAGAUGACAAGGAAAAGAACAUGAAAUGUCUCACCUUCUUCUUGAUGCUUCCAGAGACGGUAAAGAACAGGUCCAAGAAAAGCUCGAAGAAAGCAAAUACCAGCAGCAGCAGCAGCAGCAGCAAGUUGCCCCCAGUUUGUUAUGAAAUAAUUACCUUGAAGACUAAAAAAAAGAAGAAGAUGGCUGCUGAUAUAUUUCCCCGUAAAAAGCCAGCCAACUCCAGCAGCACCACCGUCCAGCAGUACCACCAGCAGAAUCUCAGUAACAACAACCUUGUACCGGCCCCAAAUUGGCAGGGUCUUUAUCCCACCAUUAGAGAAAGAAAUGCGGUAAUGUUCAAUAAUGAUUUGAUGGCAGAUGUACAUUUUGUGGUCGGGCCACCAGGUGGGACUCAGCGGUUGCCAGGACACAAAUAUGUUUUAGCUGUUGGGAGCUCUGUGUUCCACGCGAUGUUUUACGGAGAACUUGCUGAGGACAAAGAUGAAAUCCGUAUACCAGAUGUCGAACCUGCUGCUUUUCUUGCUAUGCUGAAAUAUAUCUAUUGUGAUGAAAUUGACUUGGCUGCGGACACAGUGCUGGCCACACUUUAUGCUGCCAAAAAGUACAUUGUCCCUCACCUUGCCAGAGCCUGUGUUAAUUUCCUGGAGACUAGCCUGAGCGCCAAGAAUGCCUGUGUGCUCCUUUCCCAGAGCUGCCUGUUUGAGGAGCCAGACUUGACCCAGCGUUGCUGGGAGGUAAUUGAUGCUCAGGCUGAAUUAGCUCUCAAGUCUGAGGGAUUCUGUGAUAUCGACUUCCAGACACUAGAAAGUAUCCUCCGUAGGGAAACUCUGAAUGCCAAAGAAAUUGUGGUUUUUGAGGCUGCUCUCAACUGGGCUGAAGUAGAAUGCCAGCGACAAGAUCUAGCACUGAGCAUUGAAAAUAAACGCAAGGUCCUAGGAAAGGCACUUUACUUGAUCCGCAUACCCACAAUGGCCCUUGAUGAUUUUGCAAAUGGCGCUGCACAGUCCGGAGUAUUAACUCUCAAUGAGACCAAUGACAUCUUCCUCUGGUAUACUGCAGCCAAAAAGCCCGAGCUACAGUUUGUGAGUAAAGCCCGAAAGGGCCUUGUCCCUCAGCGCUGUCACCGUUUCCAGUCAUGUGCCUAUCGGAGCAACCAGUGGCGCUAUCGGGGUCGCUGUGACAGCAUCCAAUUUGCAGUUGAUAAAAGAGUGUUUAUCGCGGGCUUUGGGCUGUAUGGUUCCAGCUGUGGCUCUGCAGAAUACAGUGCCAAGAUUGAACUCAAGCGGCAGGGCGUUGUCUUGGGGCAGAACUUGAGCAAAUACUUCUCAGAUGGCUCCAGCAAUACCUUCCCAGUGUGGUUUGAGUACCCGGUGCAGAUUGAGCCAGACACCUUUUACACAGCCAGUGUGAUACUAGAUGGCAAUGAACUCAGCUACUUUGGACAAGAAGGCAUGACAGAAGUUCAAUGUGGCAAAGUGACAGUCCAGUUUCAGUGCUCCUCAGAUAGCACCAAUGGCACUGGGGUACAAGGAGGGCAGAUUCCUGAACUUAUAUUCUAUGCUUGAAAACUCACUUCCCCAAGCAGUGUGAGCUCUGAGGUGUACAUCUGGUCCCUACUUGCUUGAUGCUUAGCUUAUCUGCAGAUAUGUGAUCAACGCAGGUAAUUUGUAAUGAAUGAAGCAGUAGGCAGUUUCUAAUUUCUUUCAACCUUUUAAUUAUGUACAGGCAAAAAUGCAGCAUUCCGCUUUUAACUAUAUGCUUAGAAGAGCCAAGUUCGUAUAAAGGCUUUGUGAUUUUUUAGAGUUGUGUCUAUAUAGCUGGGGAGAUUUUUUGCUCUCCAGGUGUCCCACCAACCUCCCAGUUUUGUCCCUCCGAAGGUAAUUUUGAAUCACCCUGAAUUCCCUUUUGGACUUUAUUUGAUAAAUAGAAACAAAUAGUCUAAAAUAAUAAGAGUUAUUUUUGAACAGAAUCCCUCUACCCCCAAAAAAGCAGAUAAACCUCAGUGUACAAUUUUGAAAGAAGUUUUGCUUUGUAAUAAGUAAUAAUGUAGAAGGUAGACAUUAGUCAUGUUUGGCUCUUAUUUUAUUCUUUUUAAAUUUGUCUUCUGGGAUAUUUUUUUUUCAAUCCUAAACUCAUAAGAGUGUUACAUAUUAAAUAAUUCAAAGUAUCAAUGUAAAAUAGGAAAAUAAGGAAUUGGGCAUUUGUUUAGGCCAUGACUUCUGCUAUAAACAGAUUUAUACUCUUUCAGUUUAGAAGAUGAAAUAUUGCAAUACAGAUAUUUCUUUUAGAAGUAACUAAAUUAUAAAAUUUUAUUAUCAAUUUUAAAAAGUUGCAGUCCUACUAAUUUAAAUUGAAAAGGAAACCCAAAAAUAGUCCUGUACUACAAAUAGCUUAAUUGAUUCCACAUUAGAAUAGUUUGAAAAAGCCAAACUUUUUUUCUCUACUUAGCCUUUGAUCCCUACUGUUUGCUUGUUUUUAUAAGUUGUACUGUAUAGAAUUGUAUUCCUUUAUUCCCUCUUAAAAGGACCAAACAAUUCUUUAUAUGAAUGGAGUAACAGUUAGUUUUGUAGCACUACAAGUUAAUGUGAUAUUUUUUUGUUUUGUUUUGUUUUGUCUGAAAUAUAUUUUACCUGAUCUACUUUGACCAUAUAUUCUUUUCUUUGUGAAUUAUAAUUCUGUCCUGUUCCUGGACUGCUAGAAUCUGGCCUCUGGCCAUCAUAAAGUGCCAACAUAUGCCUGCAGGGUUUUCAGAAAAUGGUCUGGAGCAACACAUUUGAUUAUACCUAAUAGUCACUGCAUCGGUGUAACAUCCAGCUUUCUUACUUGUCCACGGAUAAUGUAAACAAAGGAGGGAAAAGCUCAUUAGAAAGUUCUCCUUCACUGAUGGCUUACGUUGGUUUAGUGCCCGUGACCCUGGCAAUGUCCACUGUGUUCGCUUUCAGCUGAAGUAUCCAUGUGUUUCUGGGCAGCUUUUCUGCUCAGCGUGAUCCUGAGAUGGCUUCCCCCAUCACCCAGAGUGUGGUCCCUGGCCGCCUCCUUCUCCUGCUCUGCAAGCCCGAAACUGGCUUGUCUGGAGCCAGGGGUUAGUCCUGGGGUGUGUGUGUGCGCCACCGUGCGCAUGCAAGUGUGUUUGCCAACUCAGGAAUUGUCUCCUCCCUGCCUGGCUAGUGAGAGGUGGGACAGUAAUGGUCCUGCUGGCCCCAGCAAGGCCCAACGAGUGACUGCCCCUAUUUAUUCACUGUAUUUCUGGGCCACUUCCCCUGUAGACGUGGGCUUGCUGCCUUCAGCCGGCUUCCCUGAGGGAGGAAAACACUGGAUUAGGGGAAAUGUUUUAAUCGCUUUUGCCGUUACCUAUGUCUGUUAGCAUAGAUGAUCAAAAGCUGUUACUGGUGAUUACAGAUGAGAUGAGUACUCCCAGAGCAACUUUCCAAAAUUGUCUAAUGACUAUUCUUAUUAAGGAGAUUAUAGGUAGUAGUUUUGGCAAAGCUGAAAUCGAUGAAAUAAAGGUACAUUUUCAAAUUAAAAAAAAAUACUUAAAAGGCUUCUGUUUUUAAAUUAUGGUUAAACAUUUCAGUAACUCAUGGCUACCAUGCAAAUUGGUAGACCUGAUUAGAAGGCACUCCUUUUUAAGCCAGAGGGGACGAAACUUUAUUUACCUCUAAUUUUAUCCUAUCAUAUUGUUGAGGUGGGUGUGAGAGCCUUAGAGGGAAGAUUGUUCAUUCACCAACAUUCUCCUCAGUGCUCCUGUUAGCUAACUUCCUCCACGUGACUAGGGAACUGCUGGUGAAAGCCGCAUGAGAUCCUGUACACUGGGUAUACAAGAACUUAAUUUUAUGUUAAUUAGUAUUACUUAAAAAAAAAAAGACACACCAUCUAAUUGGCUGGUGCCUACAACUGAGGGCAAAAUUUGAAAAUUGUAUUUAGAAUAAGAAAUUUUACAUUUAAAAUCCUAUUCUCCCUUCUGCAUUUUUAGCAAAGUGGAAUGAGGUUAAUGUGCUUGCUUUAUUUUCUUUUGUCAUUUUGAAUUUUGUAGCUUUUAAAACUAGAAAGCAUUGUUCUAACAAGGCAGGCAGUUGUAAUGUAUAAACACAACUUUAUUAAACAGAAUAUGCUGUAGAUGCUUUUUCCAAUGUACCUGGCAGUCUUUGUCAUUGUUCCUACUGGGGAUAAAGGGGAACUAGGCUAGCAGUUCUAAUGUAACAUUCUUUAAGCAUAUCUUAAAAUAGUAUUUAAGUAAAUGGUCUAAUUUCUACAUAAUUGCACUGAACUGUCAUUUUUGUUUUUUAAGGUGUUUAAAUAAGCUCAGCUAAUUCAAGACACUGUGGCCGCUUGUGCGUCAGUGUGCUUGGAUUUAGUAGCUUACAACAUUAUUUAUGAAGGAAAAAUAUAUAAAUAUGAAGUACCUCAUGUUGAAUGUUAUUGUACUGUAUUUUUAAUGUAACAGUGCAGAUCUUGUUAGACACCUGAAUGUGUAUAAUCAUGUUAAAUGCAAAUAAAAUAAAACUAGUUCAUAGA